AUGGCGUCGAAGAAGGCCACGGGCAAGACCUUCGACGAGAUCGCCGACGGCCUCGGCUGGACGAACGCGUACACGUGCCAGCUGCUCCUCGGCCAGGCGCAGCUCAAGCCCGAGUCGCGCGCCAAGUUCUCCGCGGCGGUGCCCGGCAUCUCGGCCGAGGACCUCGACACGCUCGAGGUCGCGCCCAUGCGCGGCUUCGACGCCGAAAUCCUCAAGGAGCCCAACGUCUACAGGACCUACGAGGCGAUCACGCACUACGGCAACGCCAUCAAGCUCUUGGUCAACGAGAAGUUCGGCGACGGCAUCAUGAGCGCGAUCGACUUCUACUUCACCGUCGGCUCGACCGUCGGCAAGCAGGGCGAGCGCCGCGUCGUUUUGACGUUUAACGGCAAGUUCCUCCCGCACAUCGAGCAAAACGCCGCGGACAACACGGCGCCGUCGCCGGAGGCCAAGUGA